GAUUCCGCGUAGAAGAAGAAAAAGGCGGAAGUUGUUUUUAGUAUUCGGCGCUUCUGAUGUUCAAUCAAUCUUUAGGUGUCAUUUGCAAGGAAAACAUGCUUUAUUCUCUUAAUAGAAUGUUAAGGACGCGUGUUUGUUUCAUUACUAAUUCGAUCAGUACAACAUGCAUUGCUGCCACUCGACGUGAAGCCGUGUGGCGCGUGUCUAAUUUCGGCCGACCGAGGAUAAACCAUCUCCAUGCCGUCAGAAGGUCAUCGCUUAAUCUGAAAUAUAAGACACAGUCUCACACUCCAGCGUCUUUUCUAACUACUGGGACCCAAUCAGAUGAUGGGAAUCUGAUUUACACAGGCAGUCUGAGAACUGCAGUUCUUGGGGUGAAAUUAUUCUCUUACAGCACAAGUGGAGCCAGUCUCUGUCUCAUGCCACAGAUCUUCUUGAAAACCGGACUAGGAGUCCAGGGCCUUGCCCUGCAAGUGGCUUUCUGCGGUAUUAUCGGCUUCUUUACCUUCCUUACGCCUGUGCUCCUCCACUUCAUUACCAAGGGUUACGUAAUCCGUCUGUACCACAACCCAGACCUGGACACUUAUACUGCGGUAACCUACAGUGUUUUCCUCACGGAGCAAAGGACAGUAUUUCACCAGAAGCAGGUCACUACACCAGCUGUCAGCAAGAUGUUCACCACCUUCUACGCCAACAACACAGGGCUGCUAGUGAACCCUGACUUGUUUCUUCUCCCUCAGGAUUACAACCACCUUAUGGGCUAUGACAAGCCUUUUACCUUAAAACCAGAUUGUAUGGAAAGACCAUGAUUUUAUGUAAUGUACAGCUAACAGGUUUCAGCAGAAUCAGUUAAAUAUAUGCUUCCAAAUUGUUACGCA